CUUAAAUAUUAAGACCGCGUAAUAUAGCGACACAACAAAGAGUAGAAAAGACAGCUCACAAGUGUACUGAAAAUUCAAUUACUAGGGACAUUUUCGUCUUUUCACAUUUCCAACACCUCCAUUUUCUCUUCACUUCACUCAAAAACAACACACUCUGCAACUUCACGCACUACACACAGUGCACACUUUUUCUCUUUCCAGAAAAAAAUUUAUGGGUUCUCGAACCGGGUCACACCAGUUAAGUAACGGGUUGAUUGUCUCGGGUCGACCCGAACAGCUCAAAGAACGUCAACCUACAAUGGGUUCACGUUCAGUGCCGUAUACUGGUGGUGACGUUAAGAAGUCCGGUGAGCUUGGAAAAAUGUACGGUGUUGGUGGUGGUGGUGGGCCGGGAGCGGAGUUUUGCAGUGUUCCCGGCCCGCCACCUGUGUUGAAACCCUCUUCGAGGGGAUCAAGUGGAAGUGGAUCCAUAAGAUCAGGCCCGAACUCCGGCCCGGUUGGACAGAAAUUAACCAAUUCGGGCCCUUAUUCGGGCUUGAGUGGUAGUAAAAGCGGUAAUUUAGGCUCGAAUUCAGGCCCGGUUGGUCGGAAGCUGACGAACUCGGGCUCGAUGCCGAAGAAGUCUUCGGCGUCUUCAUCGGGUCAGCUAAUGACACCGAUACAACCUACGGGUUUGAUUACCUCCGGCCCGUUGAGUUCUACUACGGGCCGGAGGUCGGGCCAGCUGGAAUCAUCAGCUGGCUCAUUUAAGAAAGUUGUGUACGGUUCGUCUGUGACGAGCUUAGGGAAUGAGAUAAACAUGGGUUUUCGGGUUUCAAGAGUGGCAAUGUGGGUGUUUCUGGUGGUGGUGUUGAUGGGUUUGGUUGUUGGUGGGUUUCUAAUGGUGGCGGUGAAGAAGGCGGUGAUUCUUGUUGUUGUAGCUGGUGUUUUAGCUCCAAUGGUGGUGAUUCUGCUAUGGAAUAUCGCGUUUAAAGAACGAGGAUUGUUGGGUUAUUUGAAGAGAUAUCCUGACGCUGAGCUUCGAGGUGCCAUUGAUGGACAAUUUGUCAAGGUUACUGGGGUUGUCACUUGUGGAAGUAUCCCACUUGAAACUUCUUUUCAGCAAACUCCGAGAUGUGUAUACGCUUCUACAGAACUGUAUGAAUACAAAGGCUGGGGUGGAAAAUCAGCACAUCCUAGCCACCGUUGCUUCUCAUGGGGAUGCAGGCAUUCGGAGAAAUAUGUGGCUGAUUUCUAUAUCUCGGACUUCCAGUCUGGAUUAAGAGCUAUGGUGAAGGCAGGUUAUGGAGCAAAAGUUGUCCCAUUUGUCAGGCCAACUACAGUCAUUGAUGUAACAAAGAAUAACAGAGAGUUGUCUCCCAACUUCCUGCGCUGGCUUUCUGAUAGGAGCCUCUCAAGUGAUGACCGCAUAAUGCGCCUUAAAGAAGGUUACAUCAAAGAAGGAAGCACCGUAAGUGUAAUGGGGGUUGUAAAGCGCCAUGAGAACGUCCUAAUGAUUGUUCCACCAACAGAGCCUAUUUCAACAGGAUGUCAAUGGACCCGUUUUCUUCUCCCUACUUACAUCGAAGGUCUCAUUUUGACAUGCGACGACAGUCAAAAUGCAGAUGUGAUCCCCGUAUAAGUUUGCUCAUAUAGUUUCAAUUUUGAGUUCUGGUGAGUCAUGGCGAAAGAUUCAAGCAGAUGGCAACGUGAGGACAGCAGAGCCUCGGUUGUAACCCUGAUAUUCCCAUAGGAAACUCGAGCAGAGAAAAACUUCAGACUGUAGAUGUCCAAAGUUGAUCUUACCACGUUUUCACUGUUUUAGCUGAGAUCCAGAAGGAUGAGGAGGAUAAAAGCGUGCCACCUUAAGCAGCUUCGCGUGUUGUAUCGUGCAGAUCUCUAUCUGGUUUGGUUUCAGCUACUUUAUUAUAUGUACAUAAAACUAUCCAGGUGUUUAUAUAUGUUCAUAUCUUGGCUUCAGCUUUCAUUUCAUAUGGUGGAGUUCUCUGUAGAAUAAUUAGUUUCCUUAUCAGUGUAAUAAUUAAGCUUCUCUUAUAUUAAUUGUAUAAGUAAAUACCAUUACUAUUUCA